AUGGAGGCCCCUCCGUACAAGGCCAGUGCGGUCGUCGAGGCAGUCGACAAGGACAAUGUCCGGACUGAAACCCCCGAAGGCCAGAUCCAGUUCGAGGACGAGGUCGAGUAUGUCAAGGGCCAUCCAGUGAUCCACACCGGCGCCGACGUCUCACGCUUCAUCGUUUCGGACCGCGACGACGGCGAUCCCUCGCUGACCUUUCGCUCCGUCGUGCUGGGGACCAUCUUCACUGCUCUGUCGAGCGUCAUCACGAUCCUCUACGUCUUCAAGCCGGUCCAAGUCCAGGUCUCGGCUGUCUUCCUGCAGUUGCUCGUCUUCAUCUUCGGCAAGGCCUGGGCGACCUUUACGCCCCGACCGGAGCGAGCCAAAUGGACCUGGCUGCAGAAGGUCAUGCGAUUCAUGAACUUUGGCCAGCAUUUUGGAAUCAAAGAGCAUGUCGUCGCGGCGCUCAUCGCGUCAUCCGGCAACAACGGUCUUUCUGGUGUCGAGGUGCACGCGGUUGAAAGGCUGUUCUACGACUUCCACAUCUCCGCGUCCACUGCCGUCUUGAGUACUUUCUCCAUCGCGCUCUGUGGCUUCGUCCUCGCAGGCAUCCUCCGCCCUCUGAUCGUCUACCCAGCUGAAAUGGUCUACUGGUCGACCCUGCCGCAGGUAGUCCUAUACCAAAACUUGCACUUCAACCCGCGCGACAACAAGCGCCGCCUCAUCAAGUUCGGCUGGGCAUUGGGCAUCGCCGCCGUAUGGGAGCUCUUCCCAGCGUACAUGGCGACCUGGCUCGGCGGCGUCUCGAUCUUCUGUCUCGCAUCACUGGGUGCACCAACCCACACGCGGAAGAUCUUCACCACCAUCUUCGGAGGCGCGUCCUCAAACGAGGGCCUAGGGCUAUUCAACUUCUCGCUCGACUGGCAGUACAUCCAGAGCACGUACCUCUGCCUCCCAUUCAAGCAGCAGGUCAACACCUGGAUCGGAUACGGCAUCUUCUACGUCGUCAUGGCGGCGCUCUACUACGGCAACGCCUGGGACGCGCAGACCUUUCCCUUCAUGUCGUCGGCGCUUUUCCACAGCAACGGGACGUCCUUCUCGCCGGACUCGAUUACCAGUGCCAAGGGGACAAUCGACUACGAUAAGCUUCAGCAAGUCGGACUCCCGAGUCUAACGUCCAGUACAGUCUGGGGAUACUUGACGCAGAACCUCGCGCUCGGCGCGCUGAUCACGCACGUCUUCAUCUUCUACUGGAAGGACAUGGCGACGGCCUGGAAGCAAGCGCGCAGUCGGACGCAGCCGGACCCGCAUUAUCAGGGCAUGCUCAAGUACAAGGAGGUCCCGAUGUGGUGGUACUACGCGUCGUUUGUGCUGGCGUUCUUCGCGGGCCUGAUCGUCACGAUUAAGGGACAGACAACGCUGCCAGCAUGGGGGUACAUCGUCGCCUUGAUCCUCGGCGCCUUCAUCGCGCCCUUCUCCUGCGUUCUGUACGGCCUCUACGGCACAGGCGUGUCGACGAACCAGCUCUCCAAGAUGGUGGCGGGCGCUCUGCACCCCGGCCGGCCUCUCGCCGGAUUAUACUUCGCCAGCUGGUCGCACCAGGUCAUCCUGCUGUCCGUCAACCUCGCAAACUGGCUGAAAGUCGGGCAGUACACGAAAGUCCCGCACCGCGUCAUGUUCGGCACGCAAGUAUACGGGACCCUCCUCGGCGCAGCUCUCAACUACAUUGUCAUGAUCACGAUCGUGUCCAACCAGCGCGAGAUCCUGCAAGACCCGAUCGGAAACAACGUGUGGAGCGGCUCAACGGUGCAAAGCCUCAACAGCCAGGCCAUCACCUGGUCGCUCGCAAAAGAAGUCUACGGCCGGUCGGGGCGGUACCUGGUCGUCCCGCUGGGCCUGGUCAUCGGGCUCGCAUUCCCGGUCCUGCACUGGACAAUGAUCAAAACCUUCCCCCGAAUCCGCAACUGGCCACUGAACACAGCCAUCGUCCUCGCGUACGCCGGAAACACGUACUACGGCAGCACGUCGUGGAUCUGGAGCAGUAUCGCCGUCGGGGUGUUCAGCCAGUUCUGGCUGCGCAGGAGGCUGCCGCGGGUGUAUAACGAGUACAACUACCUGAUUGGGGCGGCGCUGGACGGGGGCUCGCAGGUUGUUAUCUUCGUUCUGUCGUUUGCGGUGCUGGGGGCUAGUGGGAUUGAACGGCCGUUUCCGAGGUGGUGGGGGAAUCCGGAUGGGAAUCCGGAUCAUUGUUUGUAG